AUGUCCUGUUCACCAGCCUUUCAAGACUCCGGCACGAGCUCGCCGCAGUUCUGCUCUGAUCCUCCCACGCCAGCGACAGAGCUCGAGGAUAUCAUUGAACAUGACCUCCCACCACCAUCUACAGACAGCGAAGCCGACUUUGUCCUUGUAAUCGGCGGCCUCGGGUUCAUAGGGAGCCACACCUCGCUCGAACUCCUCAAGGCGGGAUACAAUGUUAUAAUCGUCGACAACCUCAGCAACAGCUACCGCGAUGUCUUCAACCGCGUCCUCCUCGCCGCGAAGCUCUACUGCAGCCGCGCGGGGACAUCGUGCCCCAAAGCCGAGCUGUGUUGCGCAGACUACCGCGAUACAGAUGCCAUGACGACCCUGCUCACGAAACACACCCGCGACGCAACCAGCACGACCCCGCGCCGCUCGGAUAUCAUAGGCGUGAUCCACUUUGCGGCGUACAAGGAAGUCGCAGAGAGUAUCCGGCACCCGCUCAAAUACUACAAGAAUAAUGUCCAGGGGCUCAUCGAUCUAAUCGCCCUGUUGGACGAACACAACAUCAAGCAGUUCAUCUUCUCCUCCUCUGCGAGCGUCUACGGCACCCUCUCAACAAGAACAAGCACAGGAUCAGCAUCAGGAUCAGGAUCAGGCACAGCACGCCUCCGCGAGGAAGACUGCGUCCACGAGCAGGAAUCCUACUUCAACCCGGAAACUGGAAGCAGUUUGCACGCGCAGCAGGGCUGCACGGGGAUCACGAAUCCCUACGGGCGGUCGAAAUUCUUCGCCGAGGCGAUCCUCGCGGACGUCUGCAAGGCCGAUCCGUCGUGGACCGUCCUCGCCCUGCGAUACUUCAACCCGAUCGGAUGCGACCCCUCGGGACUCCUGGGCGAGGACCCGCGCGAGGCCGCGUCGAACCUCUUCCCCGCCGCUGUCAAGGUCCUCACGGGUCAGUACCCGCAACUAAACAUCUACGGGACCGACUGGGAUACAGCAGACGGAACCGCCGUGCGCGACUUCAUCCACGUCUCGGAUCUGGCCAAGGGUCACGGCGCGGCGCUCGCUGCUGCGCAAGGGGGUCGGGUGCGCGGUGCGUUCCGGACGUUUAACCUGGGGACGGGAACUGGUCAUUCGGUUGGGGAGGUGGUGAGGACGCUACAGGAGGUGACGCAACGGGGGAUCCCGACGAGGGCGGUUGGGCGGAGGGAUGGCGAUGUUGGGUUCUGCGUUGCGAUUGCGGAUCGUGCGGCGGUUGAGCUGGGGUGGAGGACGGAGAGGUCGUUGCGCGAGGCGUGUGUGGAUUUGUGGAAUUAUCUUAGUAUAGAGCGUCAGGUUUGA